AUGGCUUUCAGCUCCAAAGGUCUCGGCCUCGGGCUCCUGGCAAUGGCCUCCAUCCUACAACAGGCGGCGGCGCGGGCUGCGCAUGCUGAGACUUCACUGAAGGGGGUCGAGCUUCCAAAUCGGACGAUUCGGGUCGGGUCGCAGCUCAUUUCGGUGCAGUGGUCCCCGGAUGGAGCGAACUUGGUCUCUGGCUCCACGGACACCAUGGUUCGUGUGUGGGAUGCCGCCACAGGCACGUGCUUGCAAACGCUCACUGGCCACAAGCAAAAGGUGAGCUCCGUGGCCUACAGCCCAGACGGCACCCACGUCGUUUCCGGAAGUUGGGACGCGACCCUCAAGGUGUGGGAUGCCAUCACCGGUAGGUGCGUGCAAACGCUCACCGGUCACGACAAGGCCGUAGCUUCCGUGGCCUACAGCCCGGACGGUUCUAAGAUAGUUUCCGGAAGUUACGACAACACCAUCAAGGUUUGGGAUGCCAGGUCGGGUGAGUGCCUGCGGACAUUGACCGACCACUCGUUCAUCUACUGCGUGGCCUACAGUCCGGAUGGCGCCCACAUCAUUUCAGGCAACUCCAACAAGACCGUCAAGAUGUGGGAUGUCGCCACCGGCGCCCUCUUGGAGACGUUCGCUGGCCACGCCAUGGCCGUCAGCUCCGUGGCCUACAGCCCGGAUGGAGCCCACGUCAUGUCCGGAAGUUGGGAUGGGACCAUCAAGGUGUGGGAUGCCGCCUCGGGCACCUGCUUGCAGACACUCACCUGUGGGGUCCUUUCAUCUGUGAACUCUGUGGCCUACAGUCCGGAUGGAGCCAACUUCAUUUCCGGAAGUGAGGACGGGAUCAUCAAAGUGUGGGAUGCCGGGUCUGGCACGUGCAUGCAGGAGCUGAACAGUCACGCCGGUAAUGUGACUUCCGUGGCCUACAGCCCAUAUGGCGCCCAGAUCCUUUCAGGAAGCAAUGACGAGUACUCGCAGGGGACAAUCAUAAUCUGGUACGCGCCGGUAAAGCUGCAGAGCUUCGUUUGA